AUGAAUGAAGAAUACGACGUGAUCGUCCUGGGCACCGGGCUCACGGAAUGCAUUCUGUCCGGCAUCAUGUCGGUGAAGGGGAAGAAGGUUCUGCACAUGGACCGCAACACCUACUACGGAGCUGAGAGCGCCUCCCUCACACCGCUGGAGCAGCUCUACAAGCACUUCAACCUCUCCGGAACGCCUCCCGAGUCCCUGGGAAAGGGCCGGGACUGGAACGUGGACCUGAUCCCCAAAUUCCUCAUGGCAAACGGCCAGCUCGUCCGUAUGCUCCUGAUCACACAGGUGACCCGCUACCUGGACUUCAAGGUGAUCGAGGGCAGCUACGUGUACAAGGGGGGCAAAAUCCACAAAGUCCCCUCCACCGAGACCGAGGCCCUGGCGUCCAGUCUCAUGGGGAUAUUCGAGAAGCGGCGCUUCAAGAAGUUCCUCGUCUACGUCGCCAACUUCGACGUGGACAACCCCAAGACCCUGGAGGGCGUCGACCCCAAUAAGACCACCAUGAGGGCCAUCUACCAGAAGUUCAGCCUGGGCCCAGAGGUCAUGGACUUCACCGGACACUCCCUCGCUCUCUACCGCACAGACGAUUACCUGGAUCAGCCCUGCCUCGACGCCAUCAACAGGAUAAAGCUUUACAGCGAGUCGCUGGCCAGAUACGGCAAGAGCCCGUACCUGUACCCGCUGUACGGCCUGGGAGAGCUGCCGCAGGGCUUCGCCAGGCUGAGCGCCAUCUACGGCGGCACGUACAUGCUGAACAAGCCCAUCGAGGAGAUCGUGAUGGAGAACGGGAAGGUGGUGGGAGUCAAGUCCGAAGGCGAGAUCGCCAGGUGUAAGCAGCUGAUCUGCGACCCCAGCUACAUGAUGGACCGCUGCACCAAGGCGGGUCAGGUGAUCCGAGUCAUCUGCAUCCUGAGCCACCCCAUCGCCAACACGGGCGACAUCAACUCCUGCCAGAUCAUCAUCCCCCAGAACCAGGUCAACAGGAAGCACGAUAUCUACGUCUGUAUGAUCUCCUUCGCCCACAACGUGGCGGCGCAGGGGAAAUACAUCGCCAUCGUCAGCACCACGGUGGAGACCGACUGCCCCGAGAAGGAGAUCAAGCCGGCCCUGGACCUGCUGGAGCCCAUCGAGCAGAAGUUUGUGAGCGUCGCCGACCAGUACGUCCCCACCGACACGGGCGUGGACAGCCAGGUCUUCAUUUCCCGCACCUACGACGCCACGACCCACUUCGAGACCACCUGCGACGACAUCAAGGACAUCUACCGCCGGAUGACGGGCUCGGACUUUGACUUUGCCGAGAUGGAGCGGAAGAAGCAGGACAUCUUCGGCGACGCCACGGAGUAGAGGUCCGCCGCCUCCGCAGAGCUCCGGGUCACAGAUGUCAACGCCGCCGCCGCCGAUGACGAGAGAAAACGAAAAAAAAUAGAAAAGAAAAAAAAAAAACCCAAGAGAAA